AUGACGGACAUUUCACCAACGGCCGCCCAAUCUGUGGACAACAAUGAGACGGUCUUGUCUUACUUGCUGAAGAAUGCACCUCACGACCGGUUUCCAACUGAUGCACCGCUUCAUACUUUGCAUCCAUUCGCCUCCAACUCACCUGAUGACCCUCUGCCGUUAUUAAAAGACCUUGUCGACGUGUCCGCAGUACUCUCCCGCACUCUUCAUUCAUUCUCGUCUUUCUCUACUUCAGAUCACAAGUUUAUCUCGAUCCUGCGGCAAAAUACAGCGCUCGUCAAUAGUCUUUACACUUCAAGGAGAGAUGCACAGCAACGGGUCAAGGCACUUAGAGCACGCGAGAGCUCUGGAAUGUCCGUCGUUUAUGGGGAACCUAUACCUUUGGACGACGAUCAAAUAGUUGAUUGGUGUAUUUCCCGACUUGAGGGCUGGGGUAAGAGAAACGGGAUGGAGGUAUUCAAGGAAGAAGAAGACAAGGACGGAAGAUUGACAAUUAUGCUUGGAGGGAAGGUUCUUGUCAUCGACGUCGACCUGGCUAUCCAAAGAAUUGAACGUGGUUCUCGGAUAAACCACAUGGCUGUCUCGAAUAUCAAGACGUCACAUGCACUUCCAUCAGGCAGCUCCGGAAAUGCUCUCGCCGAAAGAUCUGCAUCAUUAGACGCCUUCAUUCUUCGUACAUGGAAUGGCUUUCUUGAGGAGGUCCAGAAGAACGAUGUCGACAGCAGCAUGCGUGCUGCUUUUAUCAGUAGAGAUAUUCAAACUCACCUGAGUUAUCUUAUGAAACUAGACUCACUUGCAAAAGAAGAAGGGGACCAGGGGAUCCGUUGGUUCAAUGAGACGGGAUUGAUGACUACUGUCACUGAUCGAAUCUCUAAAACCGAAGCCGAAUCACUCUCAGUCAUGCUACAAGCUCCAGUUGUCCAUUUAGAUGUUUUCCUUUCUCGUGCUCAUGCCUUGGCGAUACCGUAUCUUGUCGCACCAUCAAUGUCAUUUUUAGUCCAUCUAGCUCCUCUUGCCUACUACUCGCUGGUGCAGGCUGUUGAAAGGGACCACUCUAAGUCACCCUUGGCCCGGCGUGACACGGCAGAUCCGUUCUCAAAGCUUGACGUUCCCCUCUCGGUCAUCCGAGAGCAGCUGACGCAUAGACGGCUACGUCCUCCCGGUGCAAUAAUUGCAACGCUCACGCUGUCAUCGGUUUCAAGUUCGUUGCCAGAUCGCCGCCCGGAGCAGCGCCCAAACCUCGGCCGUCCUUACUUUCGCCUUCCAGGAACGUCCAUGCUAGCAGCACUGGAUCACAUAUUGAUCGCACCACCACUAACACCGACGGUGAAUACAGAGAAUGAUACUGAAUUGCAUAAUGUGUGGGUGCUUGACUUCACGGAUGGGGGACACUCUAGUGGUAUCGUGAUGACGCAUUCCCGAAUGCGCGAAAUCCAACAAGUCAUUGAUUCUGGCGGCGGGAUGAAUUUCGCUCUACAGAUGCAGUUGGCGCCUUUGCCAGGGAGUUGGAUCGGACUUCUUGUGAACCCUACUUUACCGCCGUCCGAACGAUACAUAGCAGUUUAUAAAUCACCAUCAAACGCGCAUCCACCUCUUCGGCUCCGGCUUACGGUACCAUACGAGGCGGGUUUUUUGCUUCAACGUGUGCCAGUUGCUUCUUUGAAAGAAGUUUAUGCAGUGCUUGAGAUCGUUCGGGAGCAGUGUUGGAUCAAUGAAACAUUGAAAACUGUUGAAUGGGUCGCGGAACCUUUGAUGGCUGAAGGUGAAGAUGAGCGAAGUGAUGUGGAUGAGAUGGGCGCUCCUGAGGAGGAAUUGGACGCUGUAUUGAAGGGAGCGUAUGUGCCGAAACGAGUACCAGUGAAUGUUUUUCUCCCGGUUCAUCCGCCCUCUUUCCCCUCUAGUAGCAAUUCAGAUACUGCAGAUGGGUUUGACAUGGACAAUGAACAAGCCGUCCCUGGCCUUUCGUCCGUCUCUAUGUCCGCGGGCGGAAUAACUCCUUCACCAAGCGUCGCUCUCGCGUUUGCCGUACAUGAGUCAGGAACAACAAGUUCCGAACAGAACGUGCAUCUUGCGAAUGGGCCGCGACAAGUAGCUCUCGUUAUUAGGCAUGACCGUUCUCGCCGGCGCGGCGUACGCGUCGAUAUUAAUGUCAGCAGUCCUAGCGACAUGGCUUACGGGAAUCCGAUAGGUGAACGACCUCCGGCUAGACUAAUAGAAGAACUUGAGGAAACUUCGAGACGAGGUGGUACAUUCGCUACUGCAGGAAAAGUCUGGGCCUGGCUGAACGGGGAGAAGAACGGUGGUUCAUUGUCGGCACGGACGACCGUAUGGUUCUCGGGGGUGCAUCUCUUCAAUUGCUUCGACCCUUUGACCCUCGCGCCUCCAUUGCUCACGGUAUGCCAGCUGCUAACAUCAAACCUGAGCAUCAGUGGUGGAUCCGACUCGGGUUAUGGGGUCCCACUCCGGAUGUGCAGACUGCGAGGUGCGGAGAUCGUUGCUUUAGCCGUUGUACAUGACCCGCUCUGCCGUCGGAUUGCCGACAUCAAUGACGAAUACAGAGAGAUUCAUGUUCUUAUUGAGCUCAUAACACAAGGCACUUGUGAUGCGACUAACAUGACGGCCUAA